GGUAUUUUCAUCUCCUUCCUUCUCUCCCCUCACUCCGUUUCCAUGGCGGUCGGUAUCUGAUGGUAUUAGGGUUUUGGAUUCUCUAAUUCUUCCAAAACCCUAACAUCAUCUUUUGUGACUUUUAAACCUAUCUUACAACUAUUCCUCAAUAUCCUCCUCCUGGGUUCGACAAUUCUCGCCUAAAUCGUAACCUCCAAGCUUCUGGGUAUUGAUUUGAUUCACACGAAGAUUUGGGGAUAAGGACAAUGGUAGAAGCCGAAGAUAAAACUGAUAAGUUUGAAGACAUUAAAGCUAUUAAGCGUCGUCGUGUGCGAAGCUCAGAUAUUGUUGACUCUAUCGUCUCAGAUAAACAAAAGUUCAAGAGAGUUCAUCUCUGUAGGGCAAAACCAUCUUAUCUUCUGAGUCUUGGACCAAAGGCAAGCAGAAGUGAGUAUCUCAAUAGAUUACCAGGGAUCCUUAGUGAGUUACUUCGUAGGAGAAACUGGAGUGAUGCAAGUCGUGUGCUUUCUGUUCUGAUGAAAGGAACUAUUAAAGAUCCUUGUCCGAAGAUGAACCGUCUCAAAUACGAGGCUCAUAUACAAAUUGUGAAUCACUCGGAAACUAAGAAAAACAAAGCCGAUGAGAUUGGAAGAAUAUAUGAUACUUGGAUUGGGCAGAUUGGUAAACAACAUAAAGAGGAGAGACUCUUGGUUUGGUACGAGCAAAUUUGUCAUUUUAUUGAGCAUGAUAUGAACACUGAUGCCAAUAGUGCUGCAAUCAGCUUGAUGCAGAACCGUGAUUUCGGAAUGCUUCCACGGGCCAAUCUUUUUAUAGGAAUCACAUUCUACAAGAUGUGGUGUAGUAAAUUCUUGAAGGAGUUACAGCCUGAAGAGGCAGAUGACAACGAAAGUGUAUCCAAUAUGUCGGAAUCAAGAUCUCAGGAUAGUCGUGUUGAGGGUUCAGGUAGGGAUGAGUCGGUUUGCUCUGCGGCGGCAGAGGUUUCUGCUAGAAACGAUUCAGAGACUUCCGUCAUGUAUUGUAAAAAAGAUUCCCAUUUGUCCAUCAGUGACUCAGGAACAAAAAUGGAUACCAAGGUAAAAUUAAAGAGUACUCCGCAUGUUACCACUUCACCACAACUCUAUGCAGCCUCUGAAGAAAACGAAGGCUCUUUGCGAGAUGGAGCUGAAUUUGAUCCCACCGUUAUUAAUAUUCUUGGCAACAUGGAUCCAUGGUUGCUUCCCUUAAAACCGCCAGAAGAUCCUGAUUGCUACAUAAAGAUUGUCAAUGAUGCUUAUUAUAAGGAUGCUGUCAAAUAUAUGCGGCAUACUCUUCAGUCCCCGCCUCAUGUAUCUUUGGCUGCAUUACAUCCACUUGUACAUCUUCUGUUAUUUGGAGGUCAUGUAGAUGAAGCGAUGAAAAUGGUCGAGGAGAUGUGCAAGAAGGUACAUGACAUCAAACCUUUCAGGAUUAAGGCCCUAAUGAUGGAGAAGUUUCAUCGUAACAGCGACAUGCUUGCAAAAUCCUAUGAAGAUAUCUUAAAGAUUGAUCCUAGUUGUGUAACUACCCUUAAGAAGCUUAUUGGAAUGUGCAUGGAAGAUGAGUAUAGUAGAGAGUCGCUAAUGGAAAUGAUAGCAUUGCAUGUAGAAGCUUCGUUUCCUGAGCCUGAAAUCUGGAAGGAGUUAGCCUCUUGCUUCAGUCACUUCUUUGAGAAUCUUGAUGAAGACAGAAUGUCUGUAUGCCUCGACGACAGAUCUGGAGAUAAACGGAACCAACAAACAUAUUCUGUUCGAUACAACCCGACACCAAAAAUGUUCACCAAUACAGUAUGGGCUCUUCGGGCUAAGUGGUGGCGGAACCGCCAUUUCUCCCCGGGAAUGCUCGAGACAGAAAUAAAAAACGGUAUGUUGAUAGGAGAUUGGGAGAUGAUGAGUUACAAAGCGGCAUGUGCAAGUCACAUCUACGGACGAGACUUUGGUUAUGUAACAAAAGUUUACGAACUGUUGAAGAAUAGCAACAACAGAGAGUUUUUCAACUUCUUGCGAGAACACAGAAAGAACUGGAACAAGAUUUACAAUUUUGAAUAGUGUUACUUUUUUUGCCAAACAAUUUUGAGUGUGUGAACCCAUUAUUUUUUUAGUUUUA